GCAUGGAAGGGAAGGCUCACGGUUUCACGGGUUUCCCACUAGCGACUAGCGUCAGAUAAGCGAGCCUGCAUCCGCUGGAUUCAGGGGAAGACGCGCGCCAGUGGUAUCACCAGCUUCAGGACUCAGGAGUGACCAACUAAUCAAGCUCCAGCUGGCUGACCAUGCGGAACGUCAUUCGGUUACUAUUCGUGCAUCUGCCUCUCCUUUCCCUCGUUGCGGCUACUCGUCAACGCCAAUUGCCGACCCGCGAAGGUAUCAAGUGGCUGCGGGAAGAACGAAGUGCUCUCGUCCGCCUCGAUAUUCCUGAGCUGCCCCUGUGGAAUACAGAGGAGCAGAUCGGCGAAGACCAACCGAGUGCUCUGAUCUUCAACUUCACGCUCUCUCACGACAACCGCAUACUUGCUCUCAAUGGCAUUCCCAUCCUGCCCCUCGAAAACGCCUACGUCCCUCCACGUCUCUUCGCGUAUCAGACCUCGGAGACAUUAACCCAAUUCGAAAAUGAUACUAUUGCCGACUACAACAACUGCCCCCUAUUCUUCCUCGACUACUCUCGCAUAGUCCCGCAAGCCGAAGAUGGCUUCCAGCAAUUCUACAACUACACGCCGAGCCUCAACCUCGACAUCCUGGGGGCGAGCAUCGCGGGCUACAAUGCCCUCCUCCCCGCCGACAACCAACGCUUCAUCCGCCUCACCCUCCACCAGGUCGAACCACGCUCCACUCCCAUAUCCCUCCUCUCCUUCAAAAUCGCAGAUAUAUAUCUAGAAGAUCGGGGCCCCAAUAAUCAGUUCAAGAGCCCAGAAAGUUUGAAACCAUGUACGGCAUGGUCAUGGCUUUGUCCCGACAAGCCAGCUUAUCCUUGGUAUCAAUACAUAUAUCGGCAGAAUUUUGACGAGUAUGGGAGGAUUGGAUCGAUGCGCCAUCUUAUACAUAUGAAGUGGGCGACCUUGAUAGAGGUGUAUGGCGUUGCCCAGGUUGCCAUCAUUAGUUCCGCUGUUGGAAUUGUGAUUCUUUCACUAAUAGGAUAUGGUAUUUAUAGAGUUUUCAAGAGGGCGCAAGAGUUAUGGCAAAAGCGGCUUGGAGAUAUCGAUGCGUGGACGGCGGAUGAGGAGAUUGGAGGGCUGCUGGAUGACGAGGAAGAGGAGGAAGAAGGUGAUAAUUAUGUUGGUAAGGACGUGGUGGAGAUGGAAGACUGGACUGGGAACGCAGACGCUGAGAAGCCUCUGCCUCCUCCUCCUGUUCCUCCCCCAGUUCCUCCCAAGGCUGGAGAGCCUUCUCGUUCAUGAAGUCAUGAAGAUGGACGACUGCACAUAAUACCCAUUUGAUCUUUUGAAUAUAUCAAAUACCCCCACGUCUCUUGCCCACCGCAAGCGUGUAACCGUCCAACUGAGACCUUU